UAGCAAAAUGCCAAAACGUCAUCUCUCUCUCUCUCUCUCUCUCUCUCUCUUCUGUGAAUUAGGGGAACCGGGUGUCGUUGGAGAGAAAUGGCCGUCGACGCUUCUGAGGCCGCAGCUCCCCUUCUCGACGUUGACGCCGUCGACGGCGUCGUCGACUACAAACACCGCCCCGUCACUAGAUCCAAGUCCGGCGGCUGGCGAUCGGCUGUUUUCAUCAUAGGAGUGGAAAUGGCAGAGAGAUUUGCGUACUAUGGGAUAAGCUCCAACCUCAUCAGUUAUCUGACAGGGCCACUCGGCCAGUCGACGGCGACGGCAGCGGAGAUCAUCAACGCUUGGUCCGGCGUGGCGUCGCUUUUGCCGCUUUUGGGAGCAUUCGUUGCAGAUUCGUUCCUCGGUCGAUAUCGAAUGAUUAUCAUUGCUUCUGCGCUCUACAUCGUGGGACUUUUGCUGUUGACCCUAUCAGCUGUGCUUCCCUCUUUCAGCUCUUCUGAUUGUCAAAGUGCCACCAGUGUCAGUCACUGUUCGCCUCCUCACCUUCAAGUUGUCUUCUUCUUCUUCUCCCUGUAUCUAGUGGCAUUUGCACAAGGAGGGCACAAGCCUUGUGUUCAGGCUUUCGGAGCUGACCAGUUUGAUACACAAGAUCCGCAAGAGUGCAAAGCCAAAAGCUCAUUCUUCAACUGGUGGUAUUUUGGUAUGUGUUUUGGUACUUGUUUAUCUCUCUGGAUUUUGAACUACAUCCAAGACAACCUUAGUUGGGGUUUUGGGUUUGGGAUCCCUUGUAUGAUAAUGGCCUUUGCACUGAUCAUAUUCCUGCUUGGAACCACGACAUACCGGUUUAGCAUUAAAAGUGAUGAGCAAAGUGCAUUUGCUAGAAUUGGUAGGGUGUUUGUUAGAGCAGCUAGGAAUUGGCGAACUGCCCCUUCAGCAAUGUCUAUUGAAGAGGAAUCUCGUGGAAUCCUUCCUCAUCAGGGUUCAGACCAAUUCAUGUUUCUUAACAAGGCCUUACUUGCUCCGGACGGUUCGAAGGAAGAUGGAAAAGUUUGUAGUAUAAAUGAGAUAGAAGAGGCAAAGGCAGUUCUGAGGUUGUUCCCUAUUUGGUUUACCUGUUUGGCUUAUGCUAUUGUAUUCGCACAAUCCUCUACUCUUUUCACAAAGCAAGGAGUUACAGUGGACAGAUCUCUAGGACCAGGCUUUAGUAUACCAGCUGCUUCACUUCAAACUCUCAUAAGCCUUUCCAUUGUUAUCUUCCUUCCCAUCUACGACCGCAUUUUCGUUCCAAUUGCUAGAGCUAUAACCCGGAAACCCUCAGGCAUAACAAUGCUCCAAAGAAUUGGAUUUGGAAUGUUCUUAUCAGUUAUUUCCAUGGUAAUUGCUGCUCUGGUAGAGAGGAUGCGACUUGAAACCGCUCUAGAAUAUGGGCUAAUAGAUAAUCCAAAGGCGACAGUUCCAAUGAGUUUCUGGUGGUUGGCACCUCAAUACAUUUUGUUUGGAGUUGCUGAUGUCUUCACUAUGGUUGGUUUGCAAGAGUUCUUCUAUGAUCAGAUGCCGAGUGAAUUAAAGAGUGUCGGUCUCUCGCUCUACCUUAGUAUUUUCGGUGUGGGGAGCUUCCUGAGCAGCUUUCUCAUCUCGGUUGUGGAGAGUACUACAGGCGGAGACGGUCAGGACAGCUGGUUUGCCGAUAACUUGAAUCGGGCACAUCUUGAUUACUUCUAUUGGCUACUUGCUGGACUUAGUGCAGUCGCAAUGGUCGCCUAUUUGUACUUCGCAAAAUCUUACAUAUAUAACCGAGGAAACACUAUCUGAAAUUGGUCGACUUUCAAUUGUCUCUAUCAGGCAAUCUUAGUGCACCGGCCGUCAAUUGUUGUUUCUGCAGAAUUUAUACGCAUGUAAUGUUGGGGUUGUCUUGAGGAUUAGGAAUUUGUGUAAUUACUUGGAAAACUGUUGGAAAUAGUUGUAUAUGAACUGUUUGGUUAGUUGUGAAUACACUUUCAAUCUUGAUCCGUUGCUCUUA